UUCUUUUAGGACGGUUUUUUGAAGUCCUAAUUGGUGUUAGACCUGAGCCGUUAUGGAAGCUGCUCAGUAAAAUUGGAGUUCUGUAUGCCCUGGAGCCACUUUUAACUAUUAUUUUUGUUAUAAACAUGAACAUAGUGUGGGAGAAAAUUAUGUCAACACUAAGAGCUCAGAUCUUUGGAAGAAUAUUGAUUCAGAAGAUUGAAUUUUUUGACAAAUACAAGGUUCAAGGAUUGGUUAAUACUUUUGGAGAUCUUCGUGGAACUUUGGCUGCUGUUGAGAGGAUCAACUCUGUUUUGUCUGGAGCUCCAGUUGAUGAUGCCCUUGCUUAUGGGUUAGAAAGAGAACUGAAACAAAAAACAAUGGAUGAUGAAAGCUAUAAAUUGGUCUUAGCUAAUAUUUCUACUGAGAAUAACCAAAAAAAUUAUUUACAUUACAUGUCAGCUCUUAAAACAUCAAGCAAUUUGUGUAACUUAGCUUGGUCUGGAGAUAUUUGUCUUGAAGAUGUGUAUUUCUCUUAUCCUUUAAGGCCAGAUGUGGAAAUCUUAAAUGGCCUAAAUUUACGGCUAAAAUAUGGAACUGUAACUGCUCUGGUGGGUCCUAGUGGUGCUGGAAAAAGUACAGUAGUACAGUUAUUGUCUCGUUUUUAUGAGCCUACAAGAGGUUGUAUAACAGUUGCAGGAGAGGAUGUCCGAACAUUUGACAAGAGUGAAUGGGCCCGGGUUGUCUCUAUUGUAAAUCAAGAGCCUGUUCUGUUUUCGGUGUCUGUUGGAGAAAAUAUAGCAUAUGGGCUCCCAGAUGAAGAUGUUUCUAAAGAAGAUGUGAUUAAGGCAGCGAAAGCUGCAAAUGCUCAUGACUUUAUAAUUUCACUUCCACAGGGCUAUGAUACACUUGUUGGCGAGCGUGGAGGUCUACUGAGUGGAGGACAGAGACAGAGAAUUGCUAUUGCCCGAGCUCUCCUAAAGAAUGCUCCUAUCCUUAUACUUGACGAGGCUACGAGUGCCCUGGAUGCUGUGAGUGAGCGCUUGGUCCAGGAUGCUCUCAACCAUUUGAUGAAGGGAAGGACAACAUUAGUAAUAGCUCACCGAUUAAGCACAGUCCAAAAUGCCUAUCAAAUUGCAGUUUGUUCUGAGGGGAGGGUUGCAGAACUAGGCACCCAUUUUGAGCUAUUGGCCAAGAAGGGCCAAUAUGCUUCACUGGUUGGUACUCAAAGGCUUGCAUUUGAAUAAAUUAUUAGGAUCAUGAUCAAGCUGUUAAUAGUCGAUGGAUACUCAAAUCUCAUGCUAUAUUGGUAUACAGGGUCUCAUCUUAUUGCAACAAAUCACAAAUAGAGUUGAAAUUACUCCUUCCAUUUUAAAAUACUA